CACACCGGCGGGGACACGAGCUCCCGGCCGCGGCAACUCGCUCCAAGUUCCCUCCCUCGCUCUCUGGCGCUGGCAGUCAGAGUCCUCCCACUCGGCUCAGACGGAGCCGCCGCGGCCGCCGCCAGCUCGGCCCCCCGCUGCCUCGCGCCCCGGACCCCGCGGCCUUCCCAGUCCCUCGCUCUACCCUCCGGUGGCCCCGGCGGCCCGGCCCUCGUCCCUCGAGGGCCUCGACAAUUUUGCCUGCCGUCCCCGGAGCCCGGUGCCCGGCUCGAACUGCACAGGGGAGCGCGGACGAGCUGUCUCCAACUGGACAUCCAGGGCACCUCUCCUGUUCUUUCUGACUCUUGAAUUGGAAGCUAACAAGACUCUACAGCCUGGAAAAGAAGUAAAAGCUGUUUUGUGCAGUGGAGAGUACUUGAAGGGAGCAAGGAUUCCCUGCAGUUCCUGCCUGCAACUGGGCAAACACUUACUCCCCUCUCAGCUCUGCCUGCAGUUGAACACAAAGACCUGGAGGAGACUCCCACAUCCUUCGGGGAGGAGAAAGGAGGCGGCGAGGCCCGAUUAAAGGAACUUGGGGGUUGGUUGCCUCUCUGCACCGGCCGGCCGGCGAGGGGGCGAGGGGAUUAGAGUCCCGGGUCGGUGACCGAGCGGGAGAUGAGGCGCUGCCGCCGCCGCUGACCCUCGGUUCCGGACCAUCCGCUGCGCUUUGUGCCGCCCGCACAUGUGUCUGCCCGGCGCAUCCGGAGGCGCGCACACGAGCAUCCACCACGGCCGCCGGGGAGAGAGUGCCCGCCAUGCCCACGGAGAGCCUACAGACAGGUAGCAUGGUGAAGCCGGUCAGCCCCGCCGGCACCUUCACGUCGGCCGUGCCCCUGCGCAUCCUCAACAAGGGGCCCGACUACUUUCGCCGCCAGGCGGAGCCCAACCCCAAGAGACUCAGCGCCGUGGAGCGGCUGGAGGCCGACAAGGCCAAGUACGUCAAGAGCCAGGAGGUCAUCAACGCCAAGCAGGAGCCCGUGAAGCCUGCGGUGCUGGCCAAGCCCCCAGUGUGCCCCGCCGCCAAGCGCGCGCUCGGCAGCCCCACGCUCAAGGGCUUCGGCGGCGGCGGCGGCGGCGGCGGCGGCGGGGGCGCCAAGAGCGAGGGGGGCGCGCCUCGCGAGACCCUGAAGCUGGAGAUCCUCAAGAACAUUCUCAACAGCUCCGAAGGCUCGAGCACGGGCUCGGGCCACAAGCACAGCGCGCGGAACUGGCCGGCGCCCCGGGCUGACGCGGCCGAGCUGCACCGGCACUCGUUCGCCGAGUCGCUGCGCGCGCGGCCCGCGCCCGGCCGGGGCAGCCCCCAGGAGGGCGGCUCGCACGUGGGCCGCCGGCCGCCCGAGCCCGCCUCUGCCGCCGCCGCUGCCGCCGACGCCUUUCUGCACGUGUCGCACAGCUCCUCGGACAUCCGCCAGGGGCCCGGGGCCAGGCCCCUGAAGGCCAUCCUCCCCUGCAGCAGUUCCGCCCCGCCGCUGCCCCCCAAGCCUAAGGUGGCCGCCCCGGCCGCAGUGAAGUCCCCCGAGGCCGAGGCGGCCGAGCCGGCCGGCGGGGUGGGCCGGAGACCCUCGCUGCAGCGCUCCAAGUCGGACCUGAGCGACAGGUAUUUCCGCGUGGACGCCGACGUGGAGCGCUUCUUCAACUACUGCGGACUGGAUCCAGAGGAGCUGGAGAACCUGGGCAUGGAGAACUUCGCGCGGGCCAACUCGGACAUCAUCUCGCUCAACUUCCGCAGCGCCAGCAUGAUCAGCUCGGACUGCGAACAGUCUCAGGACAGUAACAGUGACCUUAGGAACGAUGACAGUGCCAAUGACCGGGUGCCCUACGGCAUCUCCGCCAUCGAGAGGAACGCGCGCAUUAUCAAGUGGUUGUACAGCAUCAAACAGGCCAGGGAGUCGCAGAAGGUGUCCCACGUGUAAGAGGCAGCAGCGCGCUGGAGGGAGGCGGGGGGGGGUCUCUGUCCGCGCCUCGGCACUCGUGAAGGUUGUGAGGUCUCCUUGAAGUGUUGUGAGCUUCUCCACUCUCUUUGUGUUGCUUGUUGUGCAAUGUCUUUCCAGUUGCAUGCCCGCCAACACGGGGACUGACCUGGCGUCCUCGGCUACCAUCGCUACAGAGCCUGGCCGGUGGCGCGUCACCCGCCCCAAAGUGUCAGGCCACAUCCUAAUUUAGGGCUUCGAUCUUUGGCAAAACUGUUUACACGGAAAACGGUAUACAACUUCUUCAAUAUUUAUGUGGUUCUAGUGUUUUUAUAUCCCGCGCUAUGGUGUCUUAAUUAAAGGUUUUAUCAACUGGCUUUUAAGUUGGGAGUAACAUCUUUUUGAAUUAAAAAAAAAAAAAAGCCUAUUUGCCUACAUGUGAGACCCAAACUGGAAAAUAAAUGGGCUCUGCUAUCAAACAGAUAGUGAGGGAUCCCAGAGAAAACCGGGCUGGGCUUUCUGAGAAAGAAGGUGGGAAAUCCGGUGUCAGUCAUUUAUUAUUGACAGUCCUCUUGCCAUUUACACAAGUAAUGGUUGGGGACACAUAUGUUCUGUGUCUGACUUGGUGUAUAAACGUUGAUGGUUCUGUGUAAUACUGACCCCAAGGAAAGACAAUCAGAUACAAUGAAGGGGAUUAAAUCAGGAGGUGGGGUGUUAAGAGGGGCUUGUUGCUAUUGAUCUGAUUUGGGUUAAUUUAAAAUUUUUUGACUAUCAAUCAUUUGACAGAACUGGCCGCCCUAGAGCUGAUACUGAAUUUUUUUUAAAGAUGGUUUUUCAGUUGAGAAUUCCAAGUGGAUUCUCCUCCUUCCCUUUGUUGUAAUUGUUUUAUCUGGGAGAGGGGAGUGGGGCUUGGGUGGUAGGAACUACCUGAAGACCACUGAACACAAAUGGAAAUGCCAGCCAUAUCAGUUUAGAGCCUUCUCUUCAGAAGUCAGUACCUUUGGUAGCUGAACCAGAUCUGGGCAGCAUGACCAUGUCCUCAUGCAUAUGUUAACCUGUGAGGCUGCAGGGAGCUUGAAACAUGACUCUGUGUAGCUUUUCAAUCCGAAGAUCCGUAGGGCUGCAUAUCAGCUUGUUCCCCCAUAACCUGUCCUACAGGUGGUCUAGUUGGCUGUCCCUCAGCUGACAGUCAUCCUGCAGUAGCCAAGGGGUCCACCUGGGAUGCUCAGCUUCCUCGCUCUUGUAGACAUGCCCUGGAGCUCCCAGCAGCACUGCCUUAGCCUUCAUCAGCUCAUAGGACACUUUUUAUGCUGUAAAUGCUGUAAGACUUUGUACAUACUUCAGUUGUUUAUGAAAUCUUUAAGAAGAAAAAAAAAGAAACGUUACUUAAUAAAUAGCUUUGGUGCAGGCUCCAUGGUGGUGGUUUCUCUUUGUCUUUUCCUUCACUCCCUCCACAGAAGUUUCACUUUGGACCAGAAGGAGACUUUUGAGGGCCUUGAAGAAACAGCAUUUCAUUAAGUUAUAUUCACCAUAUCACAAUUAUUCUGAACAGCUGUAUUCUUCAUUGUAGUUAGAUCAGUGUGCUUUUUGCUAAAAUAAUUUCAUCAAGGUUCCUAAAAUCUGCUGCUGCUGCUUAGUUCACAACUUCCAGUUUUUUUUUUAAUCUUUUCUUAAAAUCAGGAUUUUUCACAUCUUUCACCAAACUCUUAAGUUGUAAUUAUUUGUUACAGCUUCUGACAGUGGAGUUCUGACAGUGGAGACUUACCUUGGAAAUUCAUAGCCUUGUUCUUAUUUGAACAAACCCGAGAUCAUUAAUGUUACAUGUGUUUAUAUAGUAGUCCACUCAUUCAUUCAUUCAUUCAUUCAAAAGUGUAUAUGAUGAGUGAUUCCCUUUUCAGGCCUUACCAUUGACCCAAGACUGCUGUGGUCAACAGCACGGUAUCUGCCUCAAGGAACUUAGAUUUUCACUUGAAUUUUCAUUCUAGUGAAGUAUCAUUCCUCCCAGUGGACGUGUCUUAACUCCUGUUAUUAAUAGGACAUUGAGUAUUCAACAGCUAUUUAGUGAAUCAAGUUAUUUGAAGAUUAACAUUUUUAAAUGUUCCAUAUAACAUGUAAAAGUAAAAGAGGAUUAUUUUUAAAGUUUCAGAAACAAUAUAAUUCCCAACUUUUACACUCACCAACAUUUUCCUUUGAAAAUCAGACUCGGUUCUUUGACUCUCUACUGGUUUUGAACUUUUCUGGUUCUCUUCUUAAUUUUAGUUCAACUAGAACUCUACUUGCCAGAAGAGUCUGAAAUACUGCUAUGAGUGGUGAUGGUAGAAUGGAUUAAAGAUAAUAGGAUGAAAGCUUAAUAUUUAUAUGCACACACAUUUUCUUCCUUCAUCAUUUGGGUAGAAAUGAAGCCAUUUAAAAUAUUCAUGGCUUUGGUAUUUAUAUACCCAUUUCUUUCUGGGGCUAUUGAAAUACCAAAGAUAGAUGUUACUUUCCUAAAGUAACUGGUGUUGGGAGAUGAGGGCUUGGCAAAUUUAAUAUCACUGCCUAUGCUGUUUUUGUUAUAAAUUUUGUUUCAGUUCUUCCAGUGCUUCAAAACCACCUUAACCUGUGUUCCAACAAACCUAUAACUCACCCCACUAUUGUUCAGUCUAAUCGUCUGUGGCCUUUAUACCAUGAACAAAUGUGAGGCUUUGGGUUCUUAUGGAACCUGGGAAUUCCUUAUUUUCUUUUUGUCCUUGAAAUUAGAGCUUCUAUAAAGGAUGAUUUCAAAUGCUUCAUAUUAAAUCCAAGAGUAAGCCA